UCUACCCGCAACUCAUCCUGGUCGGGACGGGCCGUCGGUGGGUUCCACCUUUGCAACUGGAGCCUCAUUCUCCUCCCACCUCGAAACAAUCACAGAAAGAAGGAUUGGAGUCUAUUUGUAGAGGUUGAACCAUCUCUCCACACAUGUAUUAAUAUGUAUUGCGGGCUUAAGCGUUACUGUUGCUCAAAUUAUCUUGUCAAUAAACGCAAACCCAGUGAUUGGGUUCCUAUCGACUGCUGCUCUAGGACAGUGAUAAUCACUGAUUUGAUCUACCUCGCGCGAAAGAUAAGACCUUUCACCGGAAUAAGGAGUGAAAACUUUUCCAGGGUUGGAAUCCAAUGGCAUUCUGCACUAUUGCAUGAAUCCAUGUUCCGAGUGUGGCGAUGUUGUCACAGAUGUUGCUAUCGCUGUUCUGUAAGAUCCUAG